ACCCGGGGUGCAGCACCUGGGACUCUGCCGUCUCUCCGUUCCUUUCCCAGUCACUCCUCAGUCAGCGGCAUCGGCAUGUCGGGUCGCCAACGUCCCGGAGGCCUCGGUCUCGGCGCCAGUGGUUCGUCCCGCAAGAGUCGCUUUGCACCCCAAUCAACGACACCGUCUUUCUCCCCCAGUCCCCUUCACAGAGACAACAGUCCGGUGCAGAUGAGAUCUCCGCGUCAAGGUGGCAUACGGGAGAGCGUGAGGGAGAGCGUUGUGGUUGGAGAGGUGGCAUUCGCUGACCAGAGGUAUUCGUGUAUGCCAUCGGAUUUGCAGGACGAGGGCGUUAUUGGCGAGGGUGCGUUCGGUACUGUCUGCAAGAUGCUUCAUAGAGAGUCGGGAACUCGGAUGGCAGUGAAACGAAUUCACAUAACGGUCGAUGAGAAGGAUCAGAAGAAGAUGAAUAUGGACUUGGAUGUGAUUAGGAAGAGUGACUGUAUCUACAUUGUGAAGUUCUAUGGUGUUUUGUUCGGCGAGGGUUAUGUGUGGAUCUGCAUGGAAUUGAUGGACAUGUCGAUGGACAAACUCUACCAGCUGGUCCAUAAGACGCUCAGCUGGCACAUUCCUGAACGAAUCAUCGGGAAGAUUACAGUAGCGGUUCUCAAUGCACUUCAUUACCUAAAAUCGAAGCUCAAGAUAAUCCAUCGAGACGUCAAGCCGUCAAACAUACUGCUUGACCGGCGUGGAAAUGUCAAACUAUGUGACUUUGGUAUUAGCGGCCACCUACGCGAUUCAAUAGCACAAACGAAAGACGUGGGAUGUCGGCCCUAUAUGGCCCCUGAGCGGAUACAAGGAACAAUGGCGUAUGAUACUCGGUCGGACGUGUGGAGCCUAGGAAUAAGCCUGAUUGAGAUGGCGACCGGGAAAUUUCCCUACCCCGAGUGGAAAAACGUGUUUGACCAGCUGAGUCAAGUUGUCAACGGUCCCGCACCAACAUUACCGAUGACGACCGACCGAUUCUCGCAAGACUUCGAGAACUUCAUUCGCCUCUGCCUGACGAAGGAGUUCGAGCAGCGGCCAAAGUAUCCAAGUCUAAUGGAGCACUCGUUCUACAAGACGUAUUCAGUAGGACACAUCGACAUUGCUGGUUGGUACGAAUCCGUAUUAGCGACAGCGCAGGCAGUACAGAGGCGAUCAUAGGCAAACUGUAGGUACAUACAUACGUACAUAGAUAGAGCCCAAUGAAUCUGAAUCAAGAGACUGACAAUUCGGUGGCUAUUUUUCCAUUAAAAUGUUACGAUAGCAGUUGUAGUUAGGACGUGAAAACUUCUAUUGGAUCGGUUACCGUCGUGUAUGAAUGGAGAGCAAGAAAACAGAUGA